CGCGGGCGCGCUCUGGCGGCUCCUGUCAGCAGCUAGCGCAGCCGACCCGGGCGGCCUGGGCUACAGCCGUUGCCUCGCGCGUGGCGGCGUGGCCCUCCGGCGGCCGUCCGGGACAGCGGGAGCCGGAGGCGGGAUGUGCUCCGCGGGGGAGCUGCUGCGGGGCGGCGGCGGCGGUAGCGGAGAGCGCGACGAGAACGGAGCUGCCCCGGCGGAGCCAGAACCCGGAGCUAGCGGGCGGGCGCAGGCGGAGCGGGAGCAGGAUUCUGAAGACUCACAAAACCAUACUGCUGAGCCUGUUGCAGAUGAUUACAAAAAGAUGGGAACACUUUUUGGUGAACUGAACAAAAGCCUCCUCGACAUGGGAUUCACAAGGAUGUAUUUUGGGGAGCGGAUUGUGGAGCCAGUAGUUGUCAUUUUCUUUUGGCUUAUGCUGUGGUUCCUUGGCCUACAGGCCCUUGGACUAGUUGCUGUCCUUUGCCUUGUCAUUAUUUAUGUGCAGCAGUAAAGCAUGAUCAACUGAAUUGCUGGACGUUUGGUAGCCGUGUAUGUAAUAGAUGAAGUUACAUGUUUUGGCAUUUUGGAAGCCAAAAUAGUUUGACCUGUUUCUGAUUGUGUGAUGGCUGUUUUGUAAUUACAUUUCUAAGUGAUUGUUGUUUAAAACUAAACUAAACUCUUGGUUAUGACAAACUUGGACAUACAUUUUGAAUAUACAUUUGCCUAUUUAAAAUUCUUAUUUCACUCCUGUGAUCUGUACCCACUUUUAGACAUCUCUCACUCUGCUUCAUCUUAAUUAACACUACCAGACAGCAGGGAAAAUAGUACAUGAAGUUCAAGUCAAGAAAUACAGUUUUUAUUGAGUUCCAAUAAAACACUUUUUAAAAAAAAAACAAAGGAAGUGAGCUCAAAAGUUUUCAUUGGAAAGCUGCAGCACCCCCAACUUCAUCAAAUAAUCCUGUGUUACUGGAGAAAUAUUUGUAUUGCUAUUGUCCCUGCUCGAGAUUAAAUGAUGGUUAUCAUACACUACCUUAAUUAGUGGUGAAAAUGAACAAAGCUAUCACAUUUUCUAAAUAUUGAAAAGAAUAUGUUUAUUAUUACUAGGGAAAGUUUCAGAUUAAAUACUUUUUCUUAAUAACAUAGUAUCUGGCCUUCGAGUUUCUUCAGUAUAUCAUUUGAUGUUUUCAAUCAUUUUGGUGCUAAUUACUUUCUGUGAGUUUGUUAAGUCUCGGAAGCUACGUCCAUGGCUGGCUGCACCGUGUUAAUACAUAGUUUGUUGUAUCCAACAGGUUGCACAUUUUUCCUAGAGAGACAUUUUCAGUGUAUUUUUUUCAAAAACUAAUCUUUUAUAAUUUUUAUAACAAUUGUUCUAAGAUUUAUAACAACAUAUUUACUUUCUUAACGUGACUUUUUCUCUCCCAAAAAAAAUUGAUCUAUAAUUUACAGCUAUUUUAAGAAAAACUUCAGAUUAUUUUUCUUUGAUAUCUGUAUUGGAAAGUACAGUAGCAUAGUAUAAAAUCAGAUCCUUAAAUUUGAACCUGCACAGCCAAUGAUGAUAUUCUUCCAAAACUAAAGCUGAAUAAGUACUUGGCUAGCCUAUUAUAAAUGUGUGUUAAUUCAGCAGUGUAAGAUUUUAUAUUGAAUAACAAGCAUUUCUUUACACUUUAAAAAUAGAACAUGACUUUAGUGAUAUUUUUGGUUUGCCUAGAGAACCUAAAAUCUUUACACGUCCAAGAACAAAAGAGUGGUAGUUAAGAUAAUUAUCUAGAAAUCUAAGGAAAAUAGGCAGUGGGCAUUUUUAUUUUUGAUAUGGCAAUAGCUAAAUCCUAUAAAAGUGUUUGCUAUUCUACUUUUUAAGGUUUCUAUCCAAUCCCGUUUUUAAAUGUAUUCUGUGAGUUCUCGGUGUCUUCCAUUCUGAAGAAGAAAAUGAUAAAAAAGAAAUCAUUUAACUUGGAUUUCUAAAAUCAGAUAACCCUAAACACAAACACCAGUCAGGGGAAGUAAAAUGCAUUUUACAUUUGUAGAGAUACAGACCUUUUAAAAUUUGACUUCUAAAAAACAAGACUUUGUACUAUAUCAUUGUAUUUUUAUUAGGUUUACAAUAUUUUUAUAAACUUUAUGAGCUUAGUGUAAGUGCAGGUUUGGAAAAGUGUUUUCAUUUGUACAGUAGAAUUGCAAGGUUUUAAAUAGAAGUUGUGAGAUUUUUUAAUAUCUGCGUAAAAAUAUUAAUGAGUAUGUUCUUUUUUAAUGCUACCUGGAAUUUUAAUUUCUCUUAGGAAUGAAAAAAAAGAUAUAGUAGACAAAAUAGCUCUGGUUCAACCAGUGCCUAUGGUUAAAAAUAUUUCACAAGUGAAUUCUAAUAUUAUUAUUUAGUAUGCUGUCAAUACUGUGCAUCUGCACACUGGUGUUAAUAGGGUAUUAUUAAAUUAUAAAGAAACAAUGUGUUGCUGCUCUCCUUUGUACAUAUGUUUUGGGUUCAUGUAAUAUACCAUCAAAGUUUUGGUCUAAUAUAAAAGAUUUUGUUUAUUGGAGGAAGAUAAAAUAUUUUCUUUAAAGAAAUAUAUAGAUUGUAUUGUACUUAGGUCUUGAAAUGAAACUUAAUUUCUUUGGUUCAUGGUGUAAGAAGUUAGAAUGAAAAUUAUUCUCAGCUAUUUCAAUCUCACAUAUAAGCAAAUUCAAGAAACUGUUAAACUGCUUAUGCACAAGCAAAUAGAAGGUACAAUGCUAAGGUCAUUAGAUUAUUAAUGUAUACAUCACCCAUAGAGUGCCCUCAGUUGAAAGGGAAAAUGUCAGAUCUACAAAUAAGCUAGUCAUGAAAAAAUCACUUUCAUUAAAGUAAUACCUCAGCAUUUUGCAGAGUGUGAUACCCUCAGGUUUUGGCUUCUAUGUUCCAAGUAUUUUCCCAUACUGGUGACCAGUCAGGCCAUGCUGAGUCCCUCUCUGGCACAGAGCCAGCUUGUAUUAGCUUGCGAGGGCCAUCUGUACAUUUUUCCAUCCUCAGUGACAUCAAGUUAAUAGCUUAAAUUGGCAAUGGUGGGAGUAUUUACAACACAACCAACUGGCAAACCUUCCAGGUCAGGCUGUUUUUUCCUGCACAGCUAGUUGUUGAAGACACAUUACUGCUUAGCCCCCAGGAAACCACAGACCCAUCUUUACUCCUGUGGAUAAGAAAAGAAAAGAAAAAGAGAUAUCUUAAGCAAGUAAGUAAAUCCCUACUGACCCACCCCAAAUGACCUGGAUCUUUCCCACAUGGAGGUUAAUGGACCAUGCUUGCCGUCUGAGGCAUCUCUAUUUAACCAUGUUUAGUCAGAGAAGACUCCAGGGUCAUCACUGAACCAUAGUACAUAAAAGAGCAUUGGUGGGCCAACAACACAGACACUGACACAAAAGAAGUAGACUACAGAGGACAGUGUAAGUGAAGGCUUGCUGUAAUAAGCUUGCAUAGGCAAUGUCAGGCAUUGGGCAAUCAAGAGCUGUUUGUAGAUUAAAUUUUAAGUCAUUUUAAAAAUGUUUAUUGAUUUCAAGUUAUUUACAGUACUCUCUAUACCAGUGCAUGGCUUCACAAGGUUAAGGAAGAACCAAACAAAUCAAGUAAGACUUUCAUAUCUGUUAGUACCUUUAGUGCUAACUUCCAAGAAUGUAACACAAUAUACAAAUUCAUCUUCAAGAUUAGUAGCAGGGGGCUGUGGAGAUAGCUCAGUGGUCUAAGCAACUGCAUAGGCAAGCACAAGGACCUGGGAUUGAUCCCUGGUACCAUAUGCCACUCUGGCCCCACCCUGGGUGCGCCAAGCUGGCCACCAAAGACCAGGUGAGGUGGUGUAUAACCUAGAACCUUUUUAACUCCUUAUUUCUCUGCCCAACACUUAAUAUUUGGUGCUUCCUGGGAUUCAGUCCAACACACCUAGUCUGCCUCUCUGUUUCAAAGCAUUAUAUAGACUAAGAUCUCUCUAUUCAGUUGCUCACCCAACGUUUGUACUUGGUUAUCCUAUGAUACUUUGAAUUCAGCAUGUCCAAAACAAGAGCAAAGCAUCCUUCAGCCAAGUCAUUUUCUAUGUUGCCCUUCUCAGCUAAUGACACAAUUCUGUCCACAAUUGCUCAAGAAGGAAUUUAACUCCUGUCUCCAACAUGAUCACAUAUAAACAAAUGCAGUACCAAGUCCUAUUUUAUUUCUAAAAAUGUCUGAUAUCUUUCUGCUUCUCUUCACUCCCAACAUCACUGAGUCCUUACCAUAAUCAUCUCACCUGGAAUCUAUCACAGAAUUCUAAAUGAUCUCCCUGCAUUUAUUUUCUACUGUAUAAUUAUAGUAAUCUUUCUAAAACAUGACUCUGAUUAUAACUAUUUUUAAUAGUCUUUUUGUGCCACUUUGAUAAAGCCCUGGCUCCAUAACAGUUUUUUACAAGGUUAGUCAAUAACUAGUUCUUUUCAUACCUAAUCUUUUUAUAUUACUACCCCUUUCCAAGAGCCAGCUCUACUGAAAAGAAUUUUAGUUCUUUGUAAUAAGUAUGCUUUUCUACUCUGAGAACAUUGUACAUGUUAUGCUUUCUUUAACCCCUCCCUAUCAGACUAACCAACAACCCCACAGCCUUAAAUCUGGACAUCCAGUUUUGGUAUUUCAUUAUGUACUUGGUUGUCCAUGAUGUGGAAUCCUGUGCUUUCCCUAUUAGCAUGUCACAUGCUAUACUGAAAUGGUUCAUUUGUCAGCUCCUGUAUUAGACAGUGGACUUCAGAAGAGCAGGAACAUGUCAAUCAUGUCCAUAAUUGCAUUCCUAGUGCCAGGCACAACACCUGAUACAUAAUAGGUGCUCUAAACAGUUGUCAGAUGAGUAAAUCAACUUCGUUUAUUUGUGUUCUCUCUAUGGUCCAUUAACAAAGAAGAUCUAGACUUGGUUGUACUUUUGAACUCUUAGAUUCCAAAAAUAUUGUGCAUAAAGAAAGUGAUUUGAAGUAUACAUUACCAUGUGUAAGGUUUAUUCACUUUUAAUGGAAGAAAUUUGCUGCUUGCAUGUAUAUAUCACAUUGCCACUAUACACUUGCAAUUUUAGGAGAAAAUGUGUUUUCUGUGUCAUGCUUGGUUGAUUCACUAUUGCUCCAAAAAGGAUAUUUUACAGUAUAUUUGGUCACUGAUGCUACUAAAAUUUCAUAUUUUGCAGUAGACUUUUUAACUCAAUUUUAAUUUUGUAAAAAUCUUGGAUGCAGGAAUUCUUAUAUUUCUAAGGUAUUUUAAGCUGCAGAAUAAAUUCACUGUCCAAUAACCCACAUUUUACAUGUUACGUACCAUGUAUAUGAAGUUCUUUGUUAUUCUUUCUAAUAAAUAUGCUCUUACAUCUC